UUAGCUUAAGCUCUCUCACAUCUCAAAAUGUUCCAAAGAAAGGGGAUAGAACGAAGGGUGUGGUUUGGCUUGUGCUUGAGCUGUAGAAAACCUCCCUUUCCUGUCUUCAAAUGAUGAAAGGCUGUGAGAUAGAAGCCAGAGGAAUCAGCUACGAAAUCCACAUCUCAGAGAGAACACAUCCCUUCAAAAUUUGGAGCAGAGAAGAAGAAGAUAGUGAAGCAAGCCACCAUGGCCAUCGACCAUGCAAUCUAGAAGUUUUGCCGACCACCAAGAGUUCCAAACUUAGAGUCCGGCAGGUGCUGAAGAACGAGUGCCGUGCCAAGCCAUGGGAGAUCCUCGCCAUCGUCGGGCCGAGCGGCGCCGGCAAGUCUACUCUCUUGGAGAUACUCGCCGGCAAGCUGACCCCGCCGUCGCCGCAGACCAUUUUGAUCAACCGGAAGGUGGUCGACAAGUCCGACUUACGGAAGAUCUCGGGCUACGUGACCCAGAAGGACACGCUGUACCCAUUGCUGACGGUGAGGGAGACGCUGAUGUUCAGCGCCCGGCUCCGCCUCGGCGGCAGCCUCCCCCCUUCCCAGCUGAGCUCCCGGGUGGAGUCCCUCCUAAGGGAGCUCGGCCUCGGGAGCGUCGCCGAUGCCCUGGGCGACGCCCGCGGCCGCGUCCGGGGGGUCUCCGGCGGCGAGCGCCGGCGGGUGUCCAUCGGGGUGGACGCCGUCCAUGACCCGAGGGUGCUGAUCCUCGACGAGCCCACGUCGGGGCUCGACAGCACGUCGGCGACGCAGAUCGUCGACAUGCUGAAGACCAUGGCGGAGAGCCGCGGCCGGACUGUCAUCCUCAGCAUCCACCAGCCUGGUUCUCGCAUUGUUAAGCUCUUCGGCUCCGUCCUCCUCCUCGCCCACGGCUCCGUCCUCCACCAGGGCACCGUCGACCAGCUCAGCUCUCACCUCCGCUCCCUCAGCCUCCAGGUGCCGCUCCAGGUUAAUGUCGUCGAGUUCGCCAUCGACUCCAUCGAUGCUCUCCAGCAACAUAAACGGCAAGAAACACUAGUAGAACAUCAUCAACAGCAGCAGCAAGAUCAACGAGAAGCGCAAGAACAGCCAUUGCUCCCAGCUCCCAAGAAAGGAGAAGGAAUCGAAGGAAAGAAAGAUAGGUGCACGCUCCAGCAGCUCUUCCAGCUUACCAAAGUAGUCGACGAGGAAUCGCUCGCCGGGUUCGACUUCUCCUACGAUUACCCAAAUUCAAGAUUUCAAGAGGUAACCAUCCUCACACAUCGGUUCUUGAACAAUGUUUUCCGAACGAAGGAGCUUUUCGCAUGCCGGACCAUCCAGAUGCUGGUCUCGGGGCUCGUCCUCGGUUCCAUAUUCUUCGACCUCAAAGACGAUAAGGUCCUGGAGAGAGUAGGCCUCUUUGCCUUCGUUCUAACUUUCUUGCUCUCUUGCACCACUGCACUGCCGAUAUUUCUUCAAGAGAGGGAGAUUCUUAUGAAGGAGACCUCCAGUGGGAGCUACAGAGUAUCUUCCUACGUGGUGGAUGGGCUAGUCUUCCUGCCAUUCCUCUUCAUAUUAGCCAUUCUCUUCUCGGUGCCGCUCUACUGGCUCGUCGGUCUCAACCGGAGUUUCACCGCGUUCAUGUACUUCUUACUCUUGAUAUGGCUCAUACUCUACACGGCCAACUCGGUGGUUGUGUGCUUCAGCGCUCUCGCGCCCAACUUCAUAGUCGGAAACUCUUUGAUCUCGGGGGUGAUGGGCUCGUUCUUUCUCUUCUCCGGCUACUUCAUAAGAAAGAAGGCGAUGCCGAGCUACUGGGUCUUCAUGCACUUCAUCUCUUUGUUCAAGUAUCCAUUCGAAAGCUUCUUGGUGAACGAGUUCUCCGGCCCGGGGAUGUGUGUGAAGCACGAGAUGGGGUUGUGUGUAUUGAGAGGAGAGGAUCUCUUAAGAGAGGAAGGGUUGGGGGAGGAGAGCAGGUGGAGGAAUGUGGUGGUGAUGGUGUGCUUCAUCUUGGCCUACAGGUUCUUCUCGUAUCUCAUUCUGAUGUGCAGGUGCCGGUGCGUCCAAAAGGGUGGGCUCAAAAGAGCCCUGGUUUGAUAGCCACGGUCCCUCACACUCUCUUCUUCUCUUCUUUUCAUUUCAAUUGUCUCUAUCAUACUAUGGUCUCUAUCAAUAAGACUGAAUGCUUCUGGUCAGUAUGGCCGCAUACUUGUCUCUCUUUGGUUGGCUCGCUCGCAAUAUAGGACAUUCUUUUGUUUUC